CCCACGGCGAGUCAAAAACCCAAUUCAAUACAUGGGGGAGCUACCUCCCCCGAUCCGGAGCUUGCUGUCCUCUUUUUCGCGCCAAUCUUUUCUCCUUCUCCUCGGAUCUUGCUUUCCUUUUAAGCUUCUUUUCACCCCCACCACCGAUCACUUGACAGGUGCCGUGGUUCUCCCCGAAGCAUCGCAUAGCGUAGGGCGCAUCUUGUUUUCGCAGCCCCCCCCUCACCAUGUCUCUGAAGACUCUCUUGCCGUUGCUCGCGCUCACCGGCGCGGGCAUGGGUUGGCAGCACAAGACCGAAGCCGAAGUUCGUGAUGCCCUCAAGGCGAACGAGCAUAGCCUAGUGGCAUGUAUCGAUGCCAGCACAGCCCUCGAAAAGCACUGGUCCGCAGUCGAAGACGCCAUCCCGACCGCCCUUUCGGUAGACUGCUCGACAUCGGCCUCGCUCUGCACCGACUUCGACGUCGCUUCCUACCCCGCCAUCCGCCUCUACCGCCAAGACGGCACGAAGCACCACUACCGCGGCCCCAGAAAGGCCUCUGAAAUCACCGCCUUCGUCCGCCGCAUGCUCCGCCCCGCCGUCGUCCCCCUCGACAGCAAGGCCGCGAAAUCUUUCAACAAGGACGACGACGUGGUGCUGAUUGCGCACAUGGCCGAGUCCGAGACCAGCCUGCGCGAGCGCUUCGCCGAGAUGGCCGACCGGUAUCGCGACCGCUACGCCUUUGGGCUAACGACGAUUGACGAGGCGCCCGGGCGGAUCACGUGCUAUAACAACGCCGACGGGGCGUUCCACAUGACGUCUGAGCUGGACGAGGUCGACUCGAUGGAGAAGAUGCUGAAGAAGUGCGCGUCGCAGCUCGUGCCGCGGUUGACGAGGAGGAACGAGGCCGAGUAUCUUAGCUCUGGCAAGUCGUUGACGUACUUCUUCUCCACGAACGAAGAGAACAUGGACUCUUGGACAUCGGCCGUGAAGCCCAUGGCGAAACAGUACCACGAGUACAUCACCUUCGUGACGGUCGAUCUCGGCGAGUACCCCGAUAUGCCCGCGCUCUUCGGUCUGCCGGCGGAUGCCACCGAGGGCGUGGCAGUCUAUAAUCCGGCUGUAGGCCUGGCGUUCCCUUUCAAGGGCGGCAAGAUCACGGUCGACGCCGUUGCGCAGCACAUUGCCGACAUCUCUGAGGGCAACGCCGACGCCUGGCAGGUGGGCGAGUCGACUGCGGACGAGGAGAUUGUGGAGCAGGUCAUGGAGGAGGUACUGGUGAAGGAGGAAGAGACAGGGGCGCAAGACGGUUCCGGGGCGGAGGCCGAGGAGGUCAAAGAGACUGAGGAAGAAAAGGUCAAGAUCCACGACGAGCUCUGAGUGAAGAAAUCUGGCGUAGCUGCGCGCUGCUCUUACCCAACGCUUUUUCCUACCAUGGGAUCGAUACCAAGGUACUAUUUGGAGCGAGGUCCCAAAUAGAGUCUCUUUUGCCGCCCUUUGUAACUCUGAUGAGGAUGGACAACACCAAAGCAACCCACCCGCCUUGUAGGGUUCAUAAAACUUCCCCUAUCCGCAUCGAUAAACCAGCCUUGGGAUUCUCGACUUGGAGAAAGAACACGUCGGCCUCGAAGCUACAGCAACAAACUUCACUGUGUAGGAGAAAGAAAAGGGGGAAGGAAGCCCGAGAAAAAGCAUGGUCAGGUCAGCUGACAGGAAAGGAAGAACAGCAGAGACCCGUCCCUUGACUAUGUCUUCUCAUCACUAGAGCCCCCUGGGCUUAACGAAAUCCACAUAAUUUCGAGCGCAGUACUCGCUCUUAUAUAGAACCAGACAACAAAAGUCGAUAUAGUGCCUCGCGGAGCCGGG